GACGCGUCUGUAUGGGUUAUUUUCGCUCUGCUUCCCUGAUGUGCUGCUGUCACUGGAUUAUAAACACAGACAUGAUCACAUCUACCGACGGGAUCUAUUGUGGACGCACACGUGAAUAUGUAACGUGCUGGAUGAGAUUCUGCGUGUAGUUUCGGCGAGAUAAUGAAGAUGUGUAAAUGGCUCUGAACUCUUUUGAGUGGUGCCAUGACCAGUCAGGGUGGUGACCAUGCAGACACACCAAGCCCCUCUUCUUCAUUCUCUUCCUCCUCCUCCUCUCGGUCCUCAGCAGCCCGUAAGCUGCAGGUGCAGCGCUCGCUUUCCCGGGAUACCAUCACCAUACACUUUUCUGCCAAGGGAAAUGAGGAAGAGGAGGAGGAAGAGGAGCUCUACAGGCUAGCUCUUUCCCCUUCUGGCCUUGAACCUGAAGAUCAGACCAUAGUUACAGCUCAGGAGGCCAGCGAGGAGCUUCUCUCUGAAGGACUGGAAGCGGACAUGGUCACAGGACUGUCAACCCAGACCCACAGUUCUGCCCUGGCUGUACAGCACCCCUCCAUCAGCUUGGGUUGCACGUUCACUUCUAGUCUAGCUAGCUUCUCAUGGCCCUCUGAACAGAGGUCGACUGCCCUGGUACCUUCCACCCAUUCAGCUUCCUCCAGCUCAUCCCCAGCCAAGGUCUCUGGCCUUCCCUCAAAGCCCUUCCUCAGCCUAGUCAAGCCCCUUUCCACUGAGGUGGAAUCUCGUGAGGUCGCUCGCCAGCCGAUAAGGCACCGGCAUUUGAUGAAGACACUGGUUAAGUCUCUGUCUACAGACACGGCUCGAUCCGAGCUAGAGGCUUCAUCGACUCAUCGGUCCCUAGAUUCCCGGCUCAAUCUGCACCUCUUCAAACCUUUCACCCAGUCUCGCGCUCCUGCCGCGAGUGGAGACUCCAAAACUGCUCCCUCAUCCCCCCUCACCUCACCCGAUAGCCGCUCCUUCUUCAAAGUUCAGGAGAUGGAGGCACGUAUUGAAGACACAAAGCGCCGUCUGUCAGAGGUCAUGUAUGAGCCCCUACAGCUGCUCAGCAAAAUCAUCGGCGAGGAACCUGGUGGCGUCAGUGCGAACACUUCCACGUCCACAACUGCAGGAGUCUCUUACCGGUCCAGAAACCUUUCCUCUAGCGCCACUGAACUCUCCAACCUGUCUGCCCUCAAUGGCCACUCAGAAAGCAACAAUAACUACUGCAUCAAGGAAGAGGAAGACCUGGAGGGCGAAAGUCCUCUUGAGGGGCCAACUGUUGAGCUGCCUUUGCACAAGUCACCUUCUCUGGGCUUGGACAGGUGUUUUAUGUCGACGCUUGCUCGUCAAGAAGACGAAGAGUUUUGCGAGCUCUACACCGAAGACUUUGAGCUCUGUACUGACACAGAGUUAGAUGGAGAAGAGCCUCGUUCAUCCCAGGUCCGACGAGGGAGCACAGGGGGAUGCAGCGAGGAACCAACUGAAGGAGGGGAAGAGGAGGAGGAAGAAGAUGAGCCUCCAGGAGUACCCCACAAUGCACUGAUUCUUCUUAUAUCUAUAGUUUACGGUUGCUUUGUUUUGCCACUUCCUACAUAUGUGUGUUGGGUGUUGAUUGGAGUGGUGGCCGGAUUCAUGCUAGCAAUUCUGGUGGUGUGGUUGUCAGCAAGAGACAGAUCUUCAUGUGGCCGUCAUGGCAGCUGGAGCAGAAGAGAGAAAUGGAACAGGGUUCCUCUGGAAAUCAAAGAACCAACCAUUUACAAGGGUUGGAUGAAUGAGAUCCACAGCUAUGACCCUGAGACUUAUCACGCCACACUCACUCACUCUGUGUAUGUGCGUCUGGAGGGCUCUGUCCUGCGACUGUCCAAACCUAACCACAAUAUUCCCCGCCGGGCAACCUUCAACGAGCUCAAACCUGACGUCACCUAUGUUAGCCAGAAAAUCUAUGAUCUCACCAACAGUAAGAUCUACCUGGUGCCUCAUAGCCUGGCCAGGAAAAGAGUGUGGAAUAAGAAGUAUCCCAUCUGCAUUGAGCUGGCCAAGCAGGAUGACUUCCUGGCCAGAGUGCAGGGAGAUAAGUCUGACGUAGUGGAGAAGACCCCUGCAGCAGGAGACAGGCCUGAGGCUGUAGCCACUAGUGAGGAACCUAAGAGAGUGCACACAGAACCUGUGCUGUACCUGUUUGGGAGAACAGGAAGAGACAAAGAGGAAUGGUUCAGAAGGAUGCUACUUGCGUCCAAGCUGAAAUCCGAAGCCAAGAAGCCCUCUGGCCUGCCUACAACAGGCUGUCUGUCUCAUAGCCGCAGCAGCAGUCGUGGCAGUCUGGAUGAAGUGCUCCAGUCCCAUCCCAGACAAAAAGACCUUGAUGCCAGUGUCAAACAGAAAGUUCUGGAAUACAACGUCUACAUGGCCAAAUAUGUCAGCCAGUCUGCAGACAGCCCAACCACAAGCCCUGUUCAGAGUGCUGGAAGCAGCCCGGGAAUCGUGAAAAAGUUUCCAGCCAGUCGUGAGCAGGAGUCCGAGUCUGAAGCCUGGGUCAAUACACUUUUAGGUCGCAUGUUCUGGGACUUUCUUGGAGAGAAAUACUGGGCAGAUGUGGUGUCCAAAAAGAUACAGAAAAAGCUGAGUAAGAUCAGGCUUCCAUACUUCAUGAAUGAACUGACCCUCACUGAGCUGGACAUGGGAAUAUCUAUUCCCAAGAUCCUCAGCUCAUCCAAACCAUCUGUGGAUCACAGAGGCCUUUGGUUUGACUUGGAGAUCUCAUACAACGGUUCCUUUCUUAUGACUCUUGAAACCAAGAUGAACCUGACUAGACUGGGAAAGGAGGGGGAAGGACUUGGAGAACAGGGAAAAGAAGGAACCAGACCACGCACUUACUUCCUGGCCGACAGUGAUGAAGAGUCAUCGAGUGCAGGAUCUUCUGAUGAGGAAGAUACUGUGGAAGUGCCUGAAAUUCCAGGAGUGGAAGGUUAUGUUGGGGGACACCGACCCAGCAAAAUCAUGCGCUUUGUGGACAAGAUUGCCAAGUCUAAGUAUUUCCAGAAAGCCACGGAAACUGAGUUCAUUAAGAAGAAGAUAGAGGAGGUGUCCAAUACGCCGCUGCUCCUGACGGUGGAGGUUCAGGAGUGUCGAGGAACACUAGCUGUCAACAUUCCACCACCUCCAACAGACAGGAUAUGGUAUGGUUUCAGAAGUCCUCCUCAUCUGGAACUGAAAGCUCGGCCUAAACUGGGUGAGAGAGAGGUUACUUUUGCUCAUGUGACCGACUGGAUAGAAAAUAAACUCAAUCAGGAGUUUCAGAAAAUAUUUGUAAUGCCAAAUAUGGAUGACAUCUGGCUGCCUAUCAUGCACCCUGCCAUGGACACGCGUUCCAAUGCCAAUGCCUUGAAGAAUGAAGAAACCUUGGACCCUGAGGAGUCCCUUGAGGACAUGUGAAGAUUAGUUACUCUAUCAAACAAAAGAUAAACACUUCAGUCCCAUGAGGGCAGGACUAUACCCGAGUUGAAAAUUACAGGUGCCAUAUUGCCCAUUGAACAGAGCUGUGACAAAUCUGAACACAUCAAUAACUAAAAGAAAGGACAAUAUUGCUUGCUUGCUUGCUUUCUUUUGAUUUGUUUGGGACAGUACGAAUGCACAUGCUGCUGGCCCUUAAACAGGAUAAAGAGGUUUUGGUGAAAUACUAAAAUGCAUACAGGUUAUGUUGAACAACUCGUGAAGAAGCAGUAUAGGACAUAGAAGACUAGGUAAAGUGUAUACACUACCUCUGUUUGAUGCACGCUGACUUACCAAACGUCCUAGUGUCACAUGACACUAAAUUCUUUCCUUCAAAAGCCUAACGUCUGGUCGGCAGAUAUGAAUUACAACCCGAGGGCUUUCACUGGACUUUUGGUAUGACAGGGUGCCUGCAAACCACCUGGAGGGGUUCGAUAUUUGGGGCCGUGCAUCCUUGGGAUGUAUAGAACGUGCUACAAACACCAGUAACGGAUACAUCUGGUAAUUUUAACAGAAACUCUUAAGCCAAAAGGGGGCAUUUCUGAGAUUUGCACCCAUUUAUGAUUUUCUCAUGAUUGUCAUAUGCUUCUAGCAGCAAAUAAUUUUAGACACAACAGACCUACUAGUACCACCAUUAUCCUCUUCCAUUCACCGCUGCCUGAGCCAUCUGUGUGGCGUCUGAUUAUGCAAUUAGAUCAAUUUCACUGUGCUCAAGAGGGACACCAGCCAAUAACCUUUCAUCCCUACCAAGUGAUCCCUACUCAAGCGGACUAUUCUAGAGGAUAGGGUUCAAGAGCUUUCUAUGUGAGAUCUCUCCAAUCAUCGCCCCUCUGCAGUGGCCGUAGAUCAGUGGUUCUCAAAUGGUGAGUCGCAGGUCUAUUCUCAAAGAAAAGCAGGGAUUAAGGUGCAAAGUUAGGACAGCAAGAUAAAUAGGCCAAUCUUUUAAAAGAGAGGGGAAAGACUUUUCAUAUUUUUGUAUAGUUUGAGUUUGUCAUCUAAUCAACCCUGACUUGUUUUGGUACAAAUUCAUGUCACAGAACUCAAACUGAUCUGUUUGUUUGUAGAGCAACCAGAAAGGGCAAAUUCGCCAUGGGUUGUAAUUUCUACUGGUUUUUAGAAAGGUGUUUUAUGAUUGUACAAGUAAAAUAAGAUCUGUGAUUAAGAGUACUUAAGAGGCUUUCACAUUUUUACAUAAAUUACACUCAAAUGUGAAUUUUAAGCCAUUGUGUUUUUCAUAAAUUUAUCCAUAACCUACAUUUUUUCUAUUCUGGGUUUUUGAACUGAAUAUUGAACAGACAGAUGCUAAUGGACUGAAUGUGUGGCCUGCCCUCGCCUUUAAAACCAUUAACAAAACUGCACAAGGUGUAUAAUACAACCCGACUACAUAUGAUCUAUAUAUUUGUGCCGACCACAAUGUUUCUUAUUCAGCCUGUGUUGUAAAUAACUUUGUAUAUUGUUGGGUAGUUCAUGGUAAUAUUAAUAUAUUUCAGUGUUUGAUUUGAAGGGUAUUUUUGUUUACUUUUUGAAUGAGAAUCAGUUUUGGACUGUGUUGGGAUGUCCAAUCUAGAAUCUGGGUCCGGAAGCAAAACCAGUUGAGAACCACUGGGCUACACCUCACAUUGCAUUUCAGAUAAAGGCUCAAAAUAAGUGCUAUUCUAUUUCCAACGCAGAUUAACUCAUGUCUUGUGUACAUGUGAAGAAGAUUGUUGAAUGUACAAAACAGUUCAUAUGUUUGUCUACCUAGUUUGGCAUAGUUUGUCAAGUGUUGCUAUUUUUGUUGCUGUCAGGUAGACUUUUUUUUUUUACUAUUAUUAUUUACUGCGCUUGCAGGCCAUUGGUGUAUUAAAUCAUGUAGGUAGUUUGUUGAAUAACUGGCAAGUGAACUUUGCCAUCUAAAAUAUCAUGAAUGAGUUUUGACAUUCAUCCAUUAUCAGAUACUUAACAGGUAUUGACGGGUCUGAAAAAGUGUUUUCUAUCCAACACCACAAAUUCUGGAUCUUUGUUGCCGCUGAGGUUUCAGAAAACGUGAAUUAUGGCUUUUUCCACCUCCAUUUUGCAUUCAAGUGGAAGCAUCAAUACUACAUGUAAUUUGAUUUUAAUGUGUUUAUUUUGUAUCACUGUUUAUGCUUCAACAUUGCCAUUCUCAGUUAAUCUUUUGUGUGCGCUCUGCCAAUUGCUGUUUCCUUUACGCAAUACUUCAUUUGAAUAUUGUGUUCUGCCAUAUUGACAACAUGAUUGUGUGUGGAAAUUGAUAAACUGCUUUUGCAAAAAUAUUCCAGAGGCAUUUUUUCAAAGCUUUUGUUGAAUGGUUUUAAAAGAGCAACUCCCAAGAGGCUCCAGUUACAAGCAGCCCUUGCUUGACCCAUUGAGCCAUGAAGGGCCUCCACAGGUUAAAAAA